AUGGGGAGCAAACCAGUUGGAGCGGGCUCGCAGGCAGCCAGAAGCACCAACAGCGGUGGGUCGCAACUGGAGUUGAGCUACAAUAACUGUAACACAAACAUCAGAACCGGAUCAGUUCAUACUGUAACAAUGAGUCAAGAUUCUGACGUAACUGCAAUAUUAGAGGCUUCAGGAGAGUCCACUUUGGAAAGAGGAUAUGAAAAAGCAGAAGAGAAACAGGACCAGUUGAAUAACGUCUCACUGGACGUUGCUGUAACUGGAGAAUCAGGAGCAGGAAAGUCGACUUUCAUUAAUGCAAUCAGAGGACUGAGAGAUGAUGAUGAAGGUGCAGCUGCAACUGGAGUUACUGAAACCACCACUGAACCAACCCCUUACCUACACCCAACAAUGCCUAAUGUGACUUUCUGGGACCUUCCAGGAGUUGGAAGCACAAAAUCUAGGGUUAAAGAUUAUCUUAAGAAGAUGCAGUUUGCUAGGUUUGAUUUCUUCAUCAUCAUCUCAUCAGGGAGACUUGGAGAGAACGACGUCCUGCUGGCCAAAAAGAUCAAAAAGAAGAAAAAGCUGUUUUACUUUGUCAGAUCAAAGAUAGACGUUGACGUUGCACAAGAAGAGAAGAAACAAGGCUUCAACAGAGAAGAAACUCUGGCAAAAAUUAGGAACGACUGCCUGGCACAUUUGAAGGACUUUAAAAAUCCUAAAGUUUUUCUCAUUUCCUCCUAUGAUGAUUCUGCAUUUGAUUUUGAGGAGCUUGAGGGCACACUGAUGUCAGAGCUUCCAGAGCAUAAACGAUACGCUCUAAUACAGUCAGUACCGGUCACUUCUGUGGCCAUACUGAAGAGGAAAGUCAGAAUGUUUAAGAAAGCAGUCUGGGUUGCAGCCGCUUCCUCUGGUGGAGUUGCAGCAGCUCUAGUACCUGAUCUAUCAAAAGCAUGUGAUGUUGGCAUUCUAGUGGCUUUCUUUACUAGUUGCUACUUCUCAUUUGGUCUUGAUGAUAAAUCAAUUGAAAGUCUCUCAAAACGAGUCAACAAGCCACAUUUAACAUCUUUGAAAAAAUCUUCACUUGUAGAGGACCUGGUGUCAAAAUCAUACACAAGAUUAACUGAAGAUUCAUCUGAGAAGUAUCUGCGCAAUUUGAAACCUGGUGCAGUAAAUGCUGUAGCAGCAGGAUAUUCUUUUAAUAGUACAUAUAAGCUACUGAAGAGUGGACUGGAAGAGCUUGAAGAGGAUGCGCUGAUGAUACUGAGAGAGGCGGGGUUAGAGUAA